ACGGCCCAGUUCUGCCUAGAAGAUUGCUUAGUGGAGCAGAUCACCAAUGCAACAAGGCAACGACCCGCAUGGUCGCCAGACUUUGUGCGGGAAUGUGUACUAUUGUACUACUUGUCCCCCAAGGCGUACCGUUACAUACGCAACCGAGGCUCGCUUAAACUGCCGUCGAAAAACACCCUCCUUCGCUAUGUCGGGAAGUCGAACGGUGAAAGUGGGGUCACACCACUAAUGAAGGAACGCUUAAAGCAAGAGGUGGGCAACCUGAAAGAGCAAGCCCGGCUUUGCUCAAUUAUUGUAGAUGAGAUGUCCAUCAGCUCCAAAUACAUAUAUGAUCGCAAAAUGGAUUGCUUUUUCGGGCAACAAACGGCAAAAGAAAACAAUGGAGCAGCAGAGAACACCAGCAACAUCAUGCUUGCCAACAAGGUGCUAUGUUUUGUUGCUACAGGAUUGUCCACAGCAUACAAGAUACCUUGCGGCUUCUUCUUCACGAACCGUCUAAGUGGCAAGCUUUUGUACCAGCUUACAAAAGAGGUAAUCUCUGAAGUUGAAAAUUGUGGUCUGUGUGUGCUCCGGAUUGUCACAGAUAACCACAAAAUUAAUGUUACGAUGAUGCGUCACCUGGGGAACGGCUCACUCAAGCCUGUUGUCACUCAUCCAUGUGACCCAGAAAGAAGUUUAUUUCUGUCAUUUGACCAGUGCCAUAUUAUAAAAAAUGUGCGAAGCCUUCUGCUUGAGGGGGAGAUGACAGACGGAAGCCAACCAAUAACGGGACAGUUUGUCAAGCAGCUGUAUGAGCUACAAAAGAACGAGGUUGUCAAACCAGUUCGCUUCCUCACGCAGAAGCACGUAGAACCAACGAACUUUGAGAAGAUGCACGUCGGCAGAGCAGUGCAGCUGUUUUCAGACGAUGUCAUCUCGGCACUUUCCUUUUUGAAGGAAUACCCGAGUCGCCACCCUCAGGCAGAGAAGUUCAGAAAUGUAGAGGCGACAAUCUUGUUCAUGAAGAUGAUGCAAAAGUGGCUGGAAAAGGACUUUCCAGACUACCUCGAGGCUCUCAACAAUGCCUGUAAAAGGAGUGGGAAGAAGUUUCUAAGCGCAGAGACUUAUGAAGCUAUUUUGCUGACGAGCAAGUCUACGGUUUUUUCUCUACGGCAAAUGGCCGGUGGCAAUGACUGCCUGGAUGCAAGAGCCGUGACGUUCAGCCUGGAGAGGAUCUUGAGGACUGGCAACCUCUGCCCAUCCCAGUCUUCAAACGUCGAGGACGGGCAGGCUGUCUUGAGCAUACAUGGCGCUUCCAUGAGCGCGACGUCCCCUGUACUGGAUGUUCCAGCUGAAGCAACAGCACAAGCUGCCACACCUGUUUCGACUGAGACAUCUCAAGUUGCCCUAGCCAGUUGCACUGCACCUGAAGACGUUGUGAUUGAAAUCGACGGGCUGUUUACACCACUGAAAGCACUGCCUCGUAAGUAG